GCUGCACAGUUUAUAAAUAGACAGUGCUUCAGGCUGCCUGAUGAUGAAGUGGUUGUUUGGUAAAUUUUUCUUUUUUAAGGAUGCCAUUAUCAGAAACCGUUUCAAAUACCAGUUUCGUUUAGUGUUCUUGGUGGGCUUCAUCAAAUCUUGGGUUAUAUUUCUGGAGUUUUAGGGACAGGUCUUUACUAUUUAGAGUCACAUCUCCAUGGAGCACAGAGAUGAUGAUGAUGAUAAUGAUGAUGUGUCUUUUGCCAAGUGGAUGAGCAGCUUUUGGGGUCACAGCUGGAGAGACAAGGAUGAGCGAGGACUCCGGGACCACCACCGACUACAAGAAGCAAGCUACAGGAAAGCUUCUCUGCCCUGCCCAUUUCCUGCAUUUCCCAGCAUCACUUCAUCUGACUGCUACCCUAGAAGACAUUCUCAUGAGGACCGGGGAUCCCGAAGCCAUCUUCCCAUGCUGCAUCACAGAAAAUGCUCAGUGGAUGGAUCAUUCAGGGAGCCAAUAGAAUCACAAAGAAGAGCUCAUUCCAAAAUGCAGGAAUUUUCAGAAUCCUUUGAACAACACCUGUGCCUUCAAACCAAGCAAUCUUCUGUGAAACCGAAGGGGAGGAAGAAGAGAGAUGAAAGACGUUGCCUAGAGACUAACAUGAGAUCCUGCAAGAAAAUGGAGGACAGAAGGAGCUCAGUGAAGGAAGCACAUGGAGAUGGACCCAUGGCUCCUCUGGUUGAAAAAGGGCCUGAAUAAUGCUUUGUUUCCACAUUGUCACGCCAAAUGUUACUAGUUGUUCAGAGACCCAGAACUUCCUGCAGAAUGACAUCUGGAAAGGGUGUUAGCAGAUGUUGAGACUAAAGUGGGCAGUUGGAAUGACUGCUUCUCAAGAUGACUUGUAUUACACUCAACUGCCUCUGGGAUCUUGAGUGUGCAAUGUUUAUGUACUUCUGUGGUAAAAAGAAAAGGUAUUUAAAUAAAAUAAAGGAAUUCCUGA